AUUUUAUAACAUAACAUUUUAAUAUAGUACGCCAUCGGCCAUACUCUUUUGGCGUAACAAAAUCAGCGCCUGAGUGAAAGUAAUAUCAAAUUAUAUCUGAGUUAACUUGCAAACUAAAACUCUUAGAAAGGAGCCAAGUUGUUAAUGUUUUUUUAGAAUGCCGCGCAAACGUAAAAGAUUAGGUAGACCUCCAGGUUCCAAAAAUAUUAAAUCCAAGAAGGCCGAAGAAACAGUAAUUAAGACUGAAAAUGACGCUGACGAGUGUAAUGAACAAACAAAUAUUUGUACUUAUUGCAGUCGAACAUUUGAAUCCAGAAUUUAUUUACUUCGCCACAUCAAGUACUGUUCAAAACCUUUGACGAUGCCUGAUGUUGGUAAACCAAUUAAGUCAACAUUUACUUGCAAUCAAUGUCACAAGAAGUUUAGAUUCAAAAAGAGCUACACUAACCAUCUUCGAGAUGAGCACUCAAAUGCUCCAGGCAGUAUUGCUUGCAGUCAAUGCUCAGUAGUAUGUCCAAAUAAAGAAAUAUUAACAAAACACAUUGAAAACAUACAUCAGCGAGAGAUAUUUGAAUGUGAGCACUGUGGUAAAAAGUUUGUAAGACGCUCUCAUGUCUUAAGACAUAUGAUGCAAAGAGGCUGUGAUGGCAGAAAUGUGUCUGUGUUUCCAUGUGAGAUUUGUGAUGCAACAUUCUCAAGGAAGGAUAACUUGAUGGUCCAUCUUCGUAUGCAGCACAUAGCAAGCAAAUUUUUUAGCUGUAAACUUUGUGAUUUUCAGACAAGAAAUUUUUCAAAAUUAAUUGUUCAUCACCAAUGUAAACACAUAGAAAUACCACAAUAUGAGUGUGAUCAUUGCGGCAAAAUAACUAGUUCUCGAGGAGCCAUCGCCAAACAUUUGGAAAUACAUGGAGAAAAGAAAUAUGCUUGUGAUGUGUGCGGCUACAGUACCUUUACUAUAGAAGUGAUGCGUCGCCAUGUGUUUACUCAUGUGCCUGAAAAACCUUACAAGUGCAACAUAUGUAAACGAUCCUACAUCCAGAAGGUACAAUUACAACGUCACAUGGAGAAACACAAUGGUAGUACUUGUACAAAAUGUGGUUUAUCAUUCCAGUCCAAGGCAAGAUUGCUAAUUCAUGAAAGGGAACACAUGGGAUUGACAAAACUACUGUGUCCAAUUGAAACAUGUGUUUAUUCCAAAAAGGAAUUUAGUAAUGAAGAGAGUCUCCAAAGUCAUGUCAAAAUGCAUUUAGAUGAAAAACCAUACGAAUGCGAAGUAUGCCCGAAGCGCUUCCAUAGUGACGCGAAUAUGCGGCGGCACAUGAGCACGCACGCGCUGGAGCGGCCACGGCGUUGCAUGUACUGCGUGGCGGCGCGCGCCUACGUGCGCGGCGAGCAGCUCGUGCGACACGUGCGCAAGUCGCACCCGCAGGUGUUCCGCGAGCGACUGCUGCACGUGCGCCGUGUGCUGGGUUCGAAUUUAGGCAUGGAUCGUGUGCGAAAGUCAGAGUUGGAGUCCAUUUUGAAUGUGCUAGAUGCCGAAUCAGAUCGCAUAUUAGAAGGCUACGGGCAGGGUGUUCUUUAUGGCGGAUUACAGGAACAAACACAAUCAGAAAUGGAAGAUGAACAGAUACAAGAAGAGGAGGAUUCUCCAUUAAUGUCUGAAGAGGAACUUGCAGAAAGUCUGAAGAAGUUACUCAGUCAACUGAUAGACAAUGAAAUGCUUGAGUGCUUUGGAUGGCCUGAUGAGUCUGUGGAUGUGGUGUUAGAGAAGGUAAUCGAAAAUUGUGGUGCACGGGCAGCUGAUCGCGACAAAUGGACACGCGUGCAACGCCUGCGUGAAAAUGCCAAGCAUUUGUUCCUAUACGUGAUAGAAGAUAAAAACAUUGCACGUAUGCUCGACACUCACACCAUAGACCAAAUCAUCAACCAUAUACUCGAUCAAGUUAGUAAGCCCGAUGACAGCGAUAAUGAAGACGAUAAAAGUAAAAAAAUGCGUAAAUAACUGUAACUGUAAGAUGGUUUAAAUUAAAAUAUAACUUGUAAAAUUGUGUCCGUUAGAAUUUAAGUAAGUCCUGAAAAAUUGUUCUAAAAUGUUAAAUUUAAAACAAAGAUUUUAUCGAAACCGAUAAAAAAGUAAAAAAUCUUUUAUAAUAAUUUAUUUACAUUCGUUUUAGUAUGAAAAGUUGACUGUGCCUCUGAUUUAUAUAAUAUUAUAAUUAUAAUCAAAUAGUUUUCGCUGAAUCAAAAAUAUUAUGAAGAUUCGUUAUAAGUUAAGAAUAGUUUUGAAUAUUAUAUUUUAUUUUAAAUAAGAAAAAUAUGAUUAUAUUUGAAUUUAAAUAAUAUUAUGACUAGAAUAUAUGCCAAAAUGUAUUGUCAUUAUUCAACAAACUAGCUAUCUAUCAAAUACAUUUUUGAUGAAAUAUUAAUUUAAUAUUUCGCUUUACUUAAAAUGGCUUGAAUAUUAAGUAUCUAACAAUUUUUGAAGCAUUUUCUUAUAUCAAAAGUUGCUAAGAAUGAUUACUAAUGAAUAUUGAUUGUCACCACACAAAAAUUAUCAGCUUAAGGUGAUAUUUCGAAAUUCCUACUGCAAUACUUAUGUUUCUUAUAAACAAUUAGGAACAAAAAAAUUAUUUAACUAUUUAUAGGUUUACAGUUAUUUGAAAGUUGAAAUAUUAUAAGAAGUAAAAGAGAAAUACUGGUGUUGGAUAUAGAAAAUACAUAUAUAAUAUACAUAUGUUUUAUUGUAAGUUGAUAAUAGCAUAUAAUGGCAACUGUAAACUUUAUACAAUACGAAUAUAGCAAUUGUAUGGUAUGUGGAUUUUUAAUUGUGUUAUGCACAGUUGUGAAUCCCAGACUGGUACUAGAAUAGGGUCAUUGAAUGUGAAAUGUUUACAAUCAAAAUUAUAUUUUUAUAAAAUAUUAUUCUUAUAUACUAAGUGCCUUAAAAUUCUGUGGUGGUUCACCCAUAUCUAAGAUAUUGCAAUUAUAUUAUUUGUUUUAUUUUGUAUUAAGUUGGGGUUCUAAUUUAAGUUACUGUUAAUGAUAUAGUCAAUUAAGAUUUAUAUUAAUUUACACAUAAGUUUUAUUGUUUAUCAUAUGUCAUUUUAUUGUAUUAAUUACAAUACAUAUGGUUUAUAGUUAUUAUAAUUGUGUUAUUAUGACAAUAAAUAUUUUUUAAGUUA